AUGGUUGUAUUCAGAAUGGUUCAGGCUUUCUAUGAAGGUCAUACUCUCCCAAAACUAGUAACUCAUACUAAUUUGAUGUUGAUCCCUAAGAAAUCAAAUGUUCAUACUUUUGGGGAUCUCAGACCAAUUAGCUUGAGUAACUUCAUAAACAAGGUCCUUUCAAGAGUGGUUCAUGGAAGACUAGAUAAGAUUCUAGUAGGCUUGAUCUCUAGUAACCAGUCUGGUUUUGUGAAGGGAAGAAGCAUUAUUGAGAAUGUGUUGCUCAAUCAAGAAAUUGUCUCAGAUAUUAGAAAGAGAGCAGAAGUGCUAUCUAGAGCACUUAAUUCUUUAUUUGAGCAUGAUCAGUAUAGGUGCUUUGGUAUAACUAAAUGGAAUGCAAACCUUAAUCAUCUUUCUUAUGUAGAUGAUACCAUCAUCUUUGCAUCAGCUGAUAAACUAUCAUUGGAACUGACUAUGAAUGUUUUGAGAGAUUAUGAAAAUCUGUCAACUCAAUUGAUAAAUAGAGAGAAAAGUUUCUUUUACAUGCAUCAGAAAUCAGCAGUGCAAUUAUGCCAAGAAGUUGAGCAGGAAACUAGUUUUACAAGAGGCAUGUUGCCUUUCAAAUAUCUUGGCUGUCCUAUCUUCCACUCUAGAAAAAGAAAAGUUUAUUAUAUUGAUCUGAUUAAGAGGGUGAAAGAUAGGUUGCAGAACUAG